UUCUCUCUUUCCCAGAGGCGGACAACAGUUUUGAUCCUGCUUUCGACCGCAGAGAAUAAAAUCUCCAUCAAACACUUUUAUAGCUCUAGAGAGAGAAAGUAAGAGAGACGAACAGAGAAUUAUUGGCGGUUUGGCCACCUCCGUCAAAUUGAGUUCCCUCGCAACCAGAAAUAACCUACAUCUUUGAUGUGCCGUUUGGAGGCCGACGAAUUUUGUCCAAGGAUUGCAUUAAUGGAAAUUUAGUUCUGCGUGCAUCAAGCAGCACUAUGACAUCGUCCGUUCACAGCUUCUCUGAUAAUAGUGAGGCUGACGAACAACAAAAGCCUUCAUCUCCAGCUAAUGGAAUGUCUCAUCCUGGUAUUGCAUCCCCAACAAUGCACUAUGCAGGACCUGCUCAACUUGGAGUUGGAAAUGUAAUGGGAGCACAAACAGCUUACCCUUAUCCAGAUCCUUACUACAGGAGUAUAUUUGCUCCUUACGAGACACAGCCUUAUCCAGCACAACCUUAUCCUUCCCAGCCUAUGGUACACCUUCAGUUAAUGGGAAUUCAGCAAGCUGGUGUUCCAUUGCCGUCAGAAGCAGUUGAGGAACCUGUCUUUGUUAAUGCAAAACAAUAUCAUGGAAUCAUGCGACGCCGACAAUCUCGUGCAAAAGCUGAGUUAGAAAAUAAACUUGCCAAAUCCCGGAAGCCGUACUUGCAUGAAUCUCGGCAUUUGCAUGCACUGAGAAGAGCUAGGGGACUGGGGGGUCGUUUCCAAAAGAAGAGCGAGGACCAGAAAAAAGAAGUGGAAUCAAGUGAGAAACCACAGGACAACCGUAACCUGAAUAGCGAAAUGGAUGAUUCCAAGAAAAUGCCUCCUGCAGAUGUAGCCUAAAUUCAAGUUAAAAUCAUAAGAGGGUUGAGAUACAAGAAGCAGUUCCUCUCUAUUGUCAAUUUACAGAUUGGUUGCUGGUUCGUAGGUCUGCAGGGCUUUAAAUUGUAGUUGUGUAUGUGUACAUUCAAUCAGGUAGGUUUUUGUAGGGUACUGCAGUUGGCAGCAGAACGUCAAUUUCACAAUUGGAUUACUCUUUUAUGUAAGUUAAAGCUAAUUUUAGGAAUCUAGUCAGAUUGGCGCUCAUGGUUGGCAAGAUAGGGAUGAUUGUUGCGCUCAUAUUGUAUUGGUAUUCACUGUGUUCUCAACAAUGUUGAUAUUCUGAAUAAGCGUGAUA